CAGGACGGGGAGCUGGAAGGUGGCUGGUGGUGAAGGAAGAGUCAAUCUGGGGAUCUCUAGAGAGCGUGGAGCGGUGCUUGUCCCGGAGUCCCUUUGAAGAGUUGAAGUCAGCACUCCCCUGGAUCUCAAAAGGUCUUGCCUGAGAUGGACAGCCGAAUUCCUUAUGAUGACUACCCUGUGGUUUUCCUGCCUGCCUAUGAGAAUCCCCCAGCAUGGAUUCCACCUCAUGAAAGAGUAUACCACCCAGACUACAACAAUGAAUUGACCCAGUUUCUGCCCAGAAUUGUCACACUAAAGAAGCCUCCUGGAGCUCAGUUGGGAUUUAACAUCAGAGGAGGAAAGGCCUCCCAGCUAGGCAUCUUCAUUUCCAAGGUGAUUCCUGACUCAGAUGCACAUAGAGCAGGACUUCAAGAAGGAGACCAAGUUUUAGCUGUGAAUGAUGUGGAUUUCCAAGAUAUUGAACACAGCAAGGCUGUUGAGAUCCUGAAGACCGCCCGAGAAAUCAGCAUGCGUGUGCGCUUCUUUCCCUACAAUUAUCAUCGCCAAAAAGAGAGGACUGUGCACUAGAGAGUUGCAGCCCAUGGCCCUCCAUGUGGAAUCUGCCAGGACAAACUAGCUAGGCCCAAGGGAAGCCACUUGGGAAGUUCUACUCUGAGCCAUUCCCUAGCAUAGUGGGGUGGGGAGGAUAGAGAGAAAGUUGUCAGCUUUGUUACCCAAACUGCACUGUACUUUUAGUUCCCUAAUUUUCUAGGCAAGCUUUAUUCUCUGAAAGGAACAGGAUGAAAAUGUCUAGGUAUGAUCUAGCCUGUGGGCAACCUAGCUAGGAAUGGCAACUGACAUUUAUUGGUUACCAUGGGCUUAGUACUUACACAUCUUUAUCAUUUUAAUUAUAGAAAUAAGUUAGAAAAUAUUUGGAACUUUCCAUCUGAUUGCCUGGCCAUUUCAUCUAUCCUUGUACUAUCAGAAUUGUCAUACAUGUUGGGUACUCCAAUAAGACACUUUUGCCCCUUCCUCCUCCUAUCAUCUCCCCCAAAAUGUAAAGUACAGUACUGAAUAAAUGUUGUUGUAACUUUUGAA